CAGACAGAGUGAAAGGCAGGACAAAAACACAGUGGAGUACCUUACAAAUCUCUGUUUGUUUAUUAUUAUUAUUUUUAAGUCCUACAGUUGUAAUUAGAUUGCUGGCAGUAUCCUUGUCAGGCCACGGUGAUGGAAUUCUACUCAGAACAGGCCUGUGAAGGGAUAGAACUGCUGGAUCUGCUUUUCGAUAAGAACGAUGGCAUCUUGUGCCAUGAGAACAUGACACAUCUUAAUGGCCAGCCUUGGCCGAUGCAAGACCCUAAUAUGAUGAUGCCAGCUCAGGGUACUAAAGACUUCCUCAACGCCCUGCUGAGUGGGACCCACUCUGCGUCUGCCUCUCCGUUAUGGCCGCCCUCUCCAAGUGACAGCGGAAUAAGUGAGGACCCGCACUCUGACCAGAAUGACAGCCCUCCACCGCCUGGGAGUCCCCCUCUGGAUCCCUGCUGUGUGCCUCCACACACACAUUACGCUCCUGCUCCAAACACAGCUGUGGCCAUCAAUCCCGAUGGCUGGGGGUCUGUUAGUUUACUGGAAAAGGGUGCAGGGAUUCACCAUGCGUGUAAAGUGACCCCAGCUCAACUGGACACCUUCCCUCUAACCAUCAAGGAUCUGCUGCUCUCUGGCACUCCAGAGCCUCUUCCACCAGCUUCACAGCAAUCUUGCCAGGAGCUGCUUCUCAAUGAGGAGGAGAAGAAGCUUCUCGUCAAGGAGGGAGUGACUUUGCCAAGUCAACUUCCUCUUACAAAGUUUGAGGAGAGAAUUCUGAAGAAAAUCCGCAGGAAGAUCCGCAACAAGCAGUCUGCCCAGGAGAGCAGGAAGAAGAAGAAAGAAUACGUAGAUGGAUUGGAAAGCAGGAUGGUAGCUUGCAAUGUGGAGAACCAGGAGCUGCAGAGGAAAGUCUUCCAGCUGGAGAAAUGUAACAUAUCUCUGAUGGAGCAGCUGCGUCGGCUGCAGGCUAUGGUCAUGAAUGGAUCUAACAAACUGGCUCAGACCGGGACCUGUGUGCUGGUGCUACUGCUGUCAUUCACUUUGAUUCUGCUGCCCAGCCUGAAGCCCUUCACUGAGACCAAGGUCAACCAGCCUGGAGACUUCAGUCCACUUAGAGUUCAGUCACGGUCAUUGCACAGUCUGCAGUCCUCUCGGGUGAUGCAUGCUCUCGAGCGCCCUUACUCAGUGGCAGAGGACUCCAAGCCUGUUCCUGGUUUUCCUGACAAUGAAGGCAUGGAUGAGAUAACAUCUCUAAUGGAGAAACUUGGUCGUGGGCCAGGAUUGGCUGAUUACAACCUAGGAUCUCACAACACUAGCCUAGACCAGCAUGAUGAUCAUUACCAUGGUGACCCCAUUACUGGGCAUAUAGCAACAGUGACUUUGAGCUCACAGCGUGGCGCAAGGCUCCAGCCACACGCAGAUGACAUGUAAAGGGUAGGGAGGGAUUUGUGUCAGGAUUUGUCUAACCUCCUUCUACAGAGUAAGUCUGCUGCCAGCAAAGCAAUGUAGCCUUUUGUCCUUUACCUCCAAAACUAAUAAGUGGCAGAUAAAAUGUUAUAACACUAAGAUUUAGCAUGUUGUGUAAGCUUGCUGAAACCUUAGAUCAACUUAUAUGCUGGACUAUACCUGCACAGGGAUAAGACAUAAAGGGCAGAGAUAGAUCCGCAGCAGGAUUUCCCAGAACUCCUGCAUACAGCAAAACCAAGUUUGCCCUUUACUUUUAAUAACACUACGAUUUUGUAUGUUGAAAAUCAUUGGUGAAACUAAAACUCAACUUAUACAUGGGUAUAGAGGUUGUUGAUGCUUAAAAGAAAGGAUUAUGCACCGAAAAUAAUUCAUUCCCAAUGAUUAGUGGGAUCCUUUCUAUUCUGCAUGUUAGUUUUGUUAACGAAUGAUUUGUGAAAAAAAGCAACAUUUUGCUUCUACAUGUAACAGAAGCUAUGAUAAGUAUCUGUGAUGAACAAAUAACUCCAUGUCAUA